AUGGCUGCGACCAGUCCGCUCCGGCGACGCUCCGCCACCAUCUCAGACACCACCUCCGCCACCGCGACAAGUACGACCCUUGCAGCCCCCACGACGAAGCAUCCUCCCGACCACUCGCUCGCCACCUGGCUGGCUGAUGUAGGAGCGGCCGACUUGUCACCUGCUCUCGUAUGGCCUCCACCCGGCGCGGCGGGCGCGCCCUCGACGGCAGCGAGCAGCGCGAGGAGAGCGAGUCUAGGCGCUCCCCCACCGCUCAUGGCCUUGCAGAGGAGGAUACAGCACGAGAUUGCGCAGGUCAACGUCAGUCAGGCGUGCAUGCAGAUGCAUAGCUGCUCGGGUAGGCAGAGGCACAGCUGACGACCAGCAUUCGCUCUUCAGAACCAAACCCGAGAAUUGUUGGAGCACCACUGGGGUCCCUUCCAAGAACAGGUCGCCGAUGGUAAAGAGUUGCUGGCGAGGAUAGAAGAGCAGGAGCUCGAACUCGGCGCGUUGCAACAACAGCUCGAUGGGGAGGUGAGCACACGCUCUACGACUCGCAGUAGCGCAUUAGUAGCGCAUGAGCGCAUUAGCGCAUUAGCGCAUGAGCGCAUGAGCGCAUUAGUCCUUCCCUUCCUGACCCCACGCCGACCGUCCACGCUGCCACAGGACGCCUUCUUGCCCGGCUUGAUCGAGCAACUGACCUCGCACUCCAAGCUCGCACAAGCCCACCAGCUGAACCUCUACACGAUCCAACUCGUCACGACCCUGCUCGAACUGCACACCGCCGUCGCCGCCCUCUCGGACCUCAUCACCCACGGGGCGCUGCCCUCGGCCGUACCUGCCCUAAGGGCAUUGCGAUCCCAUGUCUCGAGAGGUGUCGAGCCGUGGAUCGCUUCGACGGAAGCCUACAUCGUACUCCGGCGAUGGUCCUUGGACGAGCAGGUCCGCCUCGAGGGAGCAUUGGCAGGAUCCUUGGAGGCGUGCUUUGAAUUCUUGUCCCCUUCGACAACGGAAGCCGAUCCGACGACCACGACCACGAACACCGCAUGGACCCUCAAUCUCCGCAACGCCAUCUCGGCCGCACCCAAAGGGGAUCACAUUGCCGUAGAGGAGUUGUGGGCCGCGCUCGAACACGUCUACGCCAUGGGCAGGGAAGGCGAACCCAUCAAGCGCACAGUCGAUACCCAUCUGACGCGCAUCGCCAAGCAAACGAUCAAGUACAUCGUCGCACCUUACCUUGAGAGCAAUGGUGCGGGCAAAAGAAAGACCGAGAUCAUCUAUUCUGAAGUUGGAGAACUCGAUGGAGCGAUCACGAUAUCGUUGCAGCCUGUCGUCGAUGGGCAGGAGGAGGUUCCCUCCGUCGAGGAGUGCCUGAAGGAUCUCGGCGCCUUUUUGGCUUUCUUUGGUCAACACGCCUCGCUCUUGCCACCUUCACCUUAUGCAUCAACCUUCACCCAACACCUGACACCGACCCUGCAAUCACUCGUCGUCUCGUCGCACCUCUUGCCCUCCCUCCCCUCCAGCUCGGACCACCUCGAAUCCUACCUCUCCAUCCUCGACGCCGCGCGCACCUUCGAAGCCGACUUCCUCGACUCGAACGGCUACUUCAGCUUCCUCCCCUCCACCGCCGGACCCGAAGUCGAAGAACGUCGCGUCAUACGUGAGUGGAUCGAGCGUGUCGAUCGCCAUUGGGCGAAAUUCGUAGGUGAUCAGGCGCUGGUCGAUGCGAGGAAGGCGAUUGUCGGUGAUGAGGAAUGGGAGGGGGCGAAACGGGAUGUGGAGGUUCAAGUGGACGAAGGGCCGGUAGAGGCAGGUGGGGUUCCUCCUACACGGAUCGAACAAUACCUUGUGUCGAAGCGGUGCGAAGCGAUACUACAAGUCGCUCGGAGGAUCCUGGACGAAGCCGUCAAAGUCGCCUCGCCUUCGUUCCCCUUCCCGACUUUUGCCAACUCGUCGAACUUGUUGCUGAAGGCCUUCGUUUCGAUCCUGACCCUCUAUCGAGCAACAGCACCCGUGCACCAUCAUUCGAAACUCUCCUCCUCGUCAGCACUUACUUUACAGUUCUCGAACGACCUCGACUACAUCGCCACGCAAAUCGCCUCAACCUGGACCCAAAUCGAGUCGUCCUUCACCCCCGAGCAAUCGAAAGACGUCCAACAAGCGAUUGCCGCUACCCGAAGGAUGAGUAAGGAGAUGCAGGAUCGUUGGGUGAUGAAGAAGAAGGAAGAGUUGAUGGAUCACUUAGAUGAGGCGGGAGCGUUCUUGUAUACGGCUGAUGAUGCGGUGUAUAAGGCUUGUGAGGAAGCCGUGCGGAAGGUGAUGGAUGAAUUGAGGAGCGUGGUUGAGGAGUGGAAGGUCCGUCGCAUGAGUUAGGCAUGGGGAUCCAAGUAUGCGACUCUGAAACUGACACUGAUUCUUUUACUUCAACAGCCCGUAACGAACCCGACCUUCCUCUACACGACCCUCGGUUCAUUGGUCAACGACGUCCUCUUACGCGUAUUAGACGAGAUAGAGGGGCAGUUGGACAUCUCGGAGGAAGAGUCGACCCGACUCAACAAACUCUGCAAGAUGUUGCAUGGGUUGGAGGACUUGUUCGACGAGGGUGUUGUGAGUGAUUCUCCGUGCGACAAAUGUUUUGAGGGCCGGAGAAAUCUGACAAAUGAAGUUGUUCGGCGUCGAUCGCACAGACUUCUGUGGGAAGAGAGGUGCCUGUCUGGUUCAAAUUCGUGUUCUUGUCCGAGUUGCUCGAGGCAUCGAUGGUGAGUUACCCGAUGCCGUCCAACCUCGCAAUGCUGCAGAGUCAACUAACUGGGCGGAAGUCAUCAUCCACAGGCCGACAUCCUCUUCCUCUUCGACAACGGCCAUCUGGUCGAUUUCGAACCGUCCGCGAUCGCAAAGCUCGUCCGAGCCCUAUUCUCCGACUCGCCCCUACGCAACCGCAACCUCGAGCACAUUCUCAACGGUCACCCUACGAACGUUCCCAACGACGAUGACGAAACGACCACCACCGACGGUGGGUACUCGAGACCUUCGACACCACCUUCGGGAUCCAGUCGAUCGAGAAACGUCAUCAUGGGUAGUGGAUCAGCAGGGUUAGGUUCUCCUGCUCGAAGAGGGGGUGCGUUCAAUUCGACUCCGAAUAGGGUCCAGCCUUCGGCUAGGGAAGCUUCGCCGCCUGCCUCGCCUGUCACGGCACCACCUGUGGUCAGGUCGGGCAAGAUCAGCCUUGGAGCGGCGAGAAUUUCGCGGCCUGAACCUCUUUUACCACCUUCGCCUCCGAGCGCUUCGACAGAGGCUUGGGGGUUUGAUGAGGAGGACGAGACCAAGGACGAGAUCGUCGUUCCGCCGCCGGAGCCAGAGGUCCUUGAAGAUGCCAAACCUCCCGUCAUCGAUCCGGGACUGGACGCGAGCUUCGAUACCCAUGUCGUCAUUCCCGAGGUGAAGAAGGAGGAGCUGGUAUCAUCGAUCAAGACCGAGGAGAAGGUCGUGGAUGAUCCUUGGGGUCUUUUGGACGACGAUGAACCAGUGGUGAAACCGGUCGCGAAACCCACUGUCGUGGAGGACAAGCCCAAGCCGGUCGUUCAAAUCGCACCUCCUCGGACGUCUCGACUCGGCGCGAAAAGAGUGCCUGUGCCGGUGCAGCAACGCGUACUGAAGCCUGCCUCACCCACCGUCGUUGCCGCUUCACCUCCUCCGGCGGCUCCCAAGCCCAAGAUCGCUUUAGCUCCCGCCCGACCGAUCACCGUUGCGUCACCUCCUCGAGUCCUAGCAUCUCGUGCUGUCGUUUCACCUCCGCCCAAAGCGAUGCCAGCUGCUGCUCGCGUCUUGUCACCGACGCCGUCCUCAUCGAGUUCGUCAGGAGGCGUGCCUCCCCCACCUCGGGCAUCAAGCGCAUUCAGUGCCGCCUCGGGCUCUCGAGCAGGUGCUUCACCCCGCAUCAGAGCAGGGACGAUCUCCCCCAUCCAAUCUCCUGGACGAAGUACAUCCCCUAGCGCUCGGACCGCGUCCCCCGCGUUCAGUAGUCGUGGAGUGAUUUCACCCCCUCCACCUCCCUUCGCGAGUCGAGGGGUCGUCUCCCCGCCUCCUCAGAUGCGAGGGUCGCCUGCGCUUAGUGGGAUGUCGUCACCUCCUUCACAACCGAUCGGAAGGGGUUCACCGUCGCCUUCGCCUUCGCCUUCGAUGCAUGAGUUGGCGUCACCCCCUUUGAGGGGGUUCGCUUCACCACCUCCUCCGCCUCCGUCGAAUAGGAAUGUCAUCUCGCCCCCUCCUUUGAGAAGUGUCGUUUCGCCCCCUCCCAUGAGGAACGUCGUCUCCCCACCUUCGAUGCCCCAACCGCUUCGUAGAUCAGGUGUCAUUUCGCCUCAACAAAGUACACCGAUCUCUAGCUUCUCACCACCACCGACCGUUGUACCCGUCACCCAGCCCGUUCAGCCGCCCACGACCUUAGCUCGUUCCUCGCCGUCGCCGAAGAUAUUCUCCCCACCUCUGCCGACGCUGAAAUUUUCUCGCGAAGAGGAAGAAACCGAACCACAACCCGAGGACGAGGAAGGGUCGGGGGCCGUAGAGACGACAUCACUGGGUCGACCACGUACGGGUUCGUACAGCAGUGCAUCGGGUGCUCGAACGGGCGGAAUCUUAGGAUCCGGAUCUGUAUCGGGAGGCGAGGACGAUUGGGGUAUCGAGUUGGAGUUGGAGAAUGGACCUUCGUCUCCUCUUCCCGAGGAAGCGCAGCCUGCGGAGCUUGCUCCUGAACCCGAGGUGGAGCCCACGGAUGAGCAAGCGGUCGACGAAGAGGAAUCGAUCGUGUUGGAAGUCGAACGCGUCGCUUUAUCCGAGGAAGAAUCCAUCGGAUUUCCUUCCCCAAUCCCCUCGAACGCGUCCUUGUUCGACGAUCACGAUCGCCAACGACCUCGUCGAGGAUCGAUAUUGAUCAACCCCGUGUUCUCGACACAGGGGUUCGUUGCUAGUGAUCCGAUGCCCACAGCGAUAUUGGACGAUCUCGAAUCCGCAGUUGCGACGACCACCUCUCUUGACGAAGCUGAAGCAGCUCGCGCCGCCGCUGAAGCAUCGACGACGACGACAUCGAUGCCGCCAUCGACCUUCACCUCCCCUCAAACCCCUCUGGCUGCACCACCGAUGACGGCCCAGCAUUCGAAGCAUCAUUCGGACCCGUUCGAAUUCGACCAAUUGGUCGCUUCGUCACUUACGGUUGCAGCGGUGCCGAAGGUGUUGUCGUAUUCGCCUCCACCUUCGAUGCGGAACGUGUUGGCGAGAGAACGGGAUGAGGCGACGGAGCCGGAGAGGGUGAGGGAGGAAACGCAGCCCGAGGUGGAGGAGGAAGAAAUCGGUUGGUCGUUCGACCAGUCUGAGAGUGGGGGGGCUUCGUUCGAGCACGAUGCUACGUCGGCGGAGAAUUCGAUCGUCGUGCAUGACGAGUCGAUGGAGCAGGUCCCCGAUCACGAUCUUGAAGAUGAAGAAGAGGGGUGGCCGAUCGAUGAUACGCCUUUGGGCAUUGACGAGGAAGCGGAUCUGGAAGCUCAAACCCCUCAAGAACCGAUCGAGCACGGUCCAACGCACUUUGAAGAACAAUCUGAAGUCCGUGCUUUCUCGUCUUCGACCGAGUCGCCGAUCCUCGUUUCGCCACCGACUUCGUCGAACGCUUCGCAGCACCCUUCGAUUGUCGAGGUGGAGUAUCCUCAGCCUGCGGUCGAGGAGGUCUUCGAGCCCGAGUCCGAGGUCGAGCAGGAGGAAGAAGAGGAACGCGUCGAGCCUGAGCCCGAGCCGGAGGUCGAAGAGCCCGAGUCGAAGGACGAACCCGUCCAAGAGGAGGACGAGAUGGACCAAGUGAUCGAGGAUGACGGCUGGGGCUUUUCGGACAACCUCUCGAUCCCUUCACCGACGCAGGAGCACAUCUUCUCACCUCCGUCCCCGCCUCAAUCUUCACCUUCUCCAGCUUCCCCGGCUGCUGCGGCACCUGCUCCUGUUCCAGUGGCUGCUCCGUCCCGCAUGUUCGCACCACCUCCUCUCUCGCGACUGGCGAUGAAGAACCUGAACCUGUCCUCGACCUCUGCUCUCUCCCCAACGAUCCGUUCCCCCCUCCCCGCCGAGACGGCCCCCCCACCCGCUCCGCUCGUGCCCUCGACCUCUCACAUGCCGACAGCGCUCUACUCCCCUCUCCCUACGGCGCAUCGACCUGAUAUCGUCGCUCAUAUGGGACAUGCGAUCCCACGGCAACUUACGGGUACAGGUAAAUACGACAUCUUCCCUCCCACACCGACGAACGAACGAUCGUCGCUUUCGAGGGAGGAGGAAGGAGGUGCUGCUGCUGCUGCUGCUGCUGAAGAAGAGGAAGAAGAUGGAGGUUGGGGCUUUGAUGACUCGGCGGCCGAAUUGGGGAUUGAUACGAGCGCGAAUGAUGAAGAAAGUUAUUUCUCGCGUGCGCCUCGGCCUAUUAUUGAGGAUGGGGUCGUCAAAAUGGGGUUGAUGCAGCCUGUGGUAGGAAGGGCGCAGGAAGAGGUGGAGGAAGAUUUGGAAGGAGGUUUAGAAGGGGAUGAGUUGGACGAGGAUGGGUGGGGUUUCUAA